CAGUGGUAAAGUAYCCCUGGGUUCAAUCACCAGUAUCAAUCAAUCAAUAAAUAAAUAAAUACUAAAAAUGAGUGCUCAGCAAUGUUUGGGCUCCUUGCAGUACCUCUGUACAGAUCUGGAAAAGCCAAAUUUCCUUUGACACUUACAGUUCCUGCAGCCCCAGCAGGGCCCACAGUGCCUAAGAGGGCUCUCAACACCAAGGCCCUGGCCAAAAGCUUGGCAGGUGGCCCUGGAGACACCUGCCAAGCAGAACAAAGCCUCCUGGUGCCUGGGGGCAGAGGGGUGUCUGAGUCACCGGCAGGUUGCCCAGGCUCACUCUGCAGUUGUCCAGUCCCCUGGGGUGGCCCUGAGCCUGUCCUUGUAGGGAGUGGCAGCUGAAGUCUGAAGUGUCCUGGGGGACCAGGCAGAAGCUUAAGACAGGCAGGACUGGAGCCCUGGGCAGGGAGGACCCAGGCAUGGCCAGCAGGAAGACCAAGAAGAAGGAGGGCGGGGCCCUGCGUGCCCAGAGGGCAUCCUCCAAUGUCUUCUCCAACUUCGAACAGACCCAGAUCCAGGAGUUCAAGGAGGCAUUCACACUCAUGGAUCAGAACCGAGAUGGCUUCAUUGACAAGGAGGACCUGAAGGACACCUACGCCUCCCUGGGCAAAACCAACGUCAAGGAUGAUGAGCUGGACGCCAUGCUCCGGGAGGCUUCAGGGCCCAUCAACUUUACCAUGUUCCUGAACCUGUUUGGGGAGAAGCUGACUAGCACAGACACUGAGGAGACCAUCCUGAAUGCCUUCAAGAUGCUYGAUCCUGACGGCAAAGGCAGCAUCCACAAGGAGUACAUCAAGCGCCUGCUGAUGUCCCAGGCUGACAAGAUGACUGCAACUGAGGUGGACCAGAUGCUGGAGUUCGCCUCCAUCGACGCAGCGGGCAACCUGGAUUACAAGGCGCUGAGCUACGUGCUCACCCAUGGGGAGGAGAAGGAGGAGUGAGGCUACUCAUCCCUGGUUGUGUCCAGUUCAAUAAAUGUGGACCCACACAUCUGCCUGCCA